GAGGCUCCGCCCCCUCGCGGCCGUCUUAGCUGCGGGGUUGAAGUACUCGAGCCAGCGCUUCCGCCCGGACUCUUUUGGCUGCACUUGUAGGAGAACGAGACGCUCCUCGUUUGCCGAUCCGGCUGGGAUGGCUCCCAAACUCCCAGACUCUGUGGAGGGACUCCGCGCUGCUGGCAACCAGAGCUUCCGCAGCGGCCAGUACGCCGAGGCUUCCGCGCUCUACGGCCGCGCCCUGCGGCUGCUGCAGGCGCGAGGUUCUUCAGACCCUGAAGAAGAAAGCAUUCUCUACUCCAACAGAGCAGCCUGCCACCUAAAGGAUGGAAACUGCACAGACUGCAUCAAAGACUGCACUUCAGCACUGACCCUGGUUCCUUUCAGCAUGAAGCCCCUACUGCGGCGAGCUUCUGCCUUUGAGGCUCUGGAGAGGUACCCUCAGGCAUAUGUUGACUAUAAGACUGUGCUGCAAAUUGACAGUAGUGUCAUGGCAGCCCUGGAAGGCGUCAACAGAAUGACGAGAGCUCUCAUGGACUCACUUGGGCCUGAAUGGCGACUGAAGCUGCCUGCUAUCCCUGUCGUGCCUGUGUCAGUCCAGAAGAAGUGGAAUGCUUUGCCUUCAGAGAACCACAGAGAGACAGCUAAAAGCAAAUCCAAAGAAACUACAGCUACAAAGAACAGAGUGUCUUCUGCUGGGGAUGUGGAGAAAGCCAGAGUUCUGAAGGAAGAAGGCAAUGAGCUUGUAAAGAAAGGCAACCAUAAGAAAGCUAUUGAGAAGUACAGUGAAAGCCUCUUGUUUAGUAACCUGGAAUCUGCCACAUACAGCAACAGAGCGCUCUGCCAUCUGGUCCUGAAGCAGUACAAGGAGGCAGUGAAAGACUGCACUGCAGCGCUCAAACUGGAUGGAAAAAAUGUGAAGGCGUUUUACAGACGUGCUCAAGCCUAUAAGGCACUCAAGGACUACAAAUCCAGCCUUUCGGACCUCAGCAGCCUCCUACAAAUUGAGCCCAAGAAUGGCCCUGCACAAAAACUGCAGCGGGAAGUUAAACAGAACCUGAAAUGAAAACCCAAAAAGGCAACAAGAACCCUGUGCCUGACCUUCCCAGAUAAGCCAGGGCCUCCCCUGCAUCCACUCCUGAACCCAGCAUGCCCUGAGGGAGUGCUGAAGCAAACCCCGCCUCCAACCCCUUGAGGCAGCAGCCUUUCAUUCCUGGUGGAACUUCACUUAUUCAAAUUAAGCCCAUUGUUGUCAAGCACAGACAUUGUUUUGCCACAAAGCUCCCCACUCAAGCCGAAGUGUGAGGCUGGAGUACUGUCCCAUCCCUACUUCUGAUUGCUGGAGAGGAUCACACACAGGCCCUCCUGAGCAAAGCACUUGGCUUUGUUCCGGCUCCAAGUGUGCUUUGGGCUGAAUGCUGCUCUAUAGCUUCAGCAGACCCCCUCCUUUCUUUGCAAUUAAUCUGAACAGACUAAGCCAGAGUGGAGGUGGGGCUAAAAGUCCUGGCCCACCAACACACAGAGCAGCCUGUUGAGCUGGACCUCCAGGACUGCCAUCUCCCUGUGGGUGCAGCUGCUGUCCCCACCCUGUCCUUGGCACAGUCUCCUGUGUCUGAGCCCCAGUGCCUUUAAUCCUGGCCCUCCUUUAGUGGGAAGACAGAGCCCUAUUCCUUGGAGGUUCUUUGACUCUGCUGCUGCCAUCUGUGUGGAGAUACCCAAAGUAUUUCAAAACCCCAGUGGUCUUGGCCACUCCGAUGGGGUGAGUCCUCGAGGUCAAUGUCGUUCCAUCCUGAGCAGGAAUCUGCCUUUUUCUCCCAGCAGUGGCCCCUCCAAGCUUCUAGUUCUUUGUAAUAUGUUAAUUUGAAGUAACUGAUUUAGUUGAACUGUGUAUUUAAACUGUUGCAUUAAAAGCUUUCUUUUACCCACAUCUGUUGUACAUACAUUUAUACCUUUUCAGCUUUGUGGCUGGAACUUUCAAAUGGUAAUAAAAGUUACUGCUUCUUGGGUUUUCAUCUA